AUGCAAAGAGACGCAAAGCAGGCGGUGCUGGUCAUUGGCUCUGUUAAUGCCGAUGUGGUCGUUGAGGUUCGCCGACUGCCUCGUCGGGGCGAGACCGUAUCGGCGGCCAGACCCGACACGGGCACGUUCGCGCCCGGGGGCAAAGGCAGUAACCAGGCGGCAGCCGCUGGAAAGCUCCUUGGCCUUCAGCACCCGACGCUCGACGUCCGCUUUAUCGGUCAGUUUGGUCGCGACGCACACGGCACCGCGCUGCAAAAUGCCCUGUGCGACGCGCACGUCCACACGGAGCUCUGUGGCCACGUGGACGGACCGUCUGGUCAAGCGCUCGUGUUUGUCUACCCGAACGGGGACAACUCGAUCGUCGUUAUAGGCGGUGCUAACUGCAGAUGGCCCGAAGCGCUGCCUGAAGCUGUCGUUGCUGCGAUUGAGUCGGCGGCGAUCGUGUUGCUGCAGUGUGAGAUCCCCGAAGCGGUCAAUGCACUGGUCGUGAAGGCAGCAGCUCGAGCGGCGGUGCCCGUCAUGUGGGACGCGGGCGGCGACGACGUCCCCCUGCGAGCGGAUCUCUUGCCCCAUUUGACGUAUCUGUGUCCAAACGAGACAGAGCUGGCGCGGCUGACCCAGCGCGAGGUCCACAGCGUUGACGAUGCAAUGGCAGCGGCACAGCUCUUGCAAGCACAGGGCGCGAAGAACGUUCUGGUGACGCUCGGAGCGGACGGGGCCGUGUUUGUCCCGGCGGACGGCUCGAACGCAGUGCAUCAAAAGUGCUUUCAGGUGGACACUGUGGUGGACACGACAGGUGCAGGUGACUGCUUCCGGGGGGCGUUCGCCGUUGCGCUUGCCGAAGGUCAGGCGGUGAAGAACUGUAUGGUACGGGCGACGGCAGCCAGUGCACUGUGCGUGCAGCGUCGAGGUGCGUUGCCGAGUCUUCCGACGAGCGAAGAGGUCAACACGUUCCUAGCAGAAUCGGGGAUGGGUGCAGACAGUAUGGACACGACCGUGACGUGA